CAAUUCCUCAAUAAGAUACACACGGCGAUGGCUCUCAAUAUGACAUUUACAAAACUCCCCCUCCGCUCCCUCACAAUCCGCCAUGCCCCAAUCCGCAACGCCAGGCUCCUCACCCGCCCACCACCGACAAUACAAAUUCAAGCCCGUCCCCGUUCAACCUACACGUCCGAAUCCAUGCCGCGCAUAGCCCAGACCUCCGUCUGGACUGCCAUGAUCCCACCCUUCAUCCGGCGCCUCGCGCGCGGCGGCGGCAAACCCGACACCCCCGAAUCCAAUGAAUGGAACCCAGCCAGCUUCUACAUAAUCAUUUUCAUCCUAAUCGGCUCGCAGGCCAUCCGGAUGAUGAUGCUGAAGAAGGAUUAUGCGGCGUACACAAGGUCGACGGAUGCGAAGAUUGAGUUGUUGAAGGAGGUUAUUGAGAGGGUGAAGAGGGGGGAGGCUGUUGAUGUGGAGAAAUUGUUGGGGUCUGGGGAUGCGGCGAAGGAGAGGGAGUGGGAGGAGGUGUUGAGGGAGAUUGAGGAUGAGGAUUCGUUGUGGCAUCAGAGGGCUUCGGCAAAGCGGGCUGAACAAGCUGAACAGGAGUCGCAAGGAGAUGUGGAUGCGUUGAAGGAACCGGUUAUCCCUGCUGAGGGCAAGGGGAAUACGGAACCGCCGAGGGAAGGCAGUUCGAGACGGAAGCUAAAUUUCUUUUAACAAGCGUAACCUGCUUGAACUUGAACCAUUGUACAACAUAAAAUCCCUUGAUAGACUUGAGAUUAGCCAGGUGAUGUAUGAUUAUUGUGAUAUGAUGUUGCAUACACUCAGCCCUCCUCUACAAAAACACAGGAUUUACGUCCCUCUACUGUAUAUACCAUCGAUACCCGAAUCAAUCUAUUUCCAUUUAUUUACUCCAUUGAAGUGGAACUCAAAAGAACGUACAACUUCAGUCCAAACACUUCCCCCUAUCCCUUCAAUAUACAGAAGAACCCGAAAAAAAAGAAACAAACAAAACUAUCACACCACAUCAAACAACAUCAUCACAGCGGGUCGACCAGUCGAUUUCUCGCGCUAUAACCUAACUGUCAUCGUUCAUCGGACCAAAGCCCUGCUCUGCCCUCGAUAUCAUUGGGCUUUGAUUAAGUGCGUUUACAU